ACACAUCCGAUACAGGUUUUCUGCUCUGCUAUCGCUCCCUCUGUUCAAUGGAUUUUUCGUCUUCUUAUUCGCAGCUGCAUUCUUCGCUGAAUCGAUUCAGAGCUUCAGCGAAUUCAUUCCUAUCUCAGUCUGAACCUCUGUCUCUGUUAAUCACUCCUCCGCUGGCUAUUUUCGUUGCAUGGAUUCUUCAGUCAGUUCUCCUCUUUGUUCAAGAAAAAGGACUAAAAGCUGCUAUUGUAGGGCUUUUUAUGAAUGCCAUCAAGUUGGUUCCUGGCGUGAAUAAGUACAUCGAAGCCGAGAAACGGAAGGUUGUGGAGAAGUUACAAUCUAGUGGUACAUCUAAAAGAGAGAGCUGGCUGACAGAGCUGCCUGCGGCUGGACUUGGAACAGGAGUCAUACAGAAGAUGAAACAUGAAAAAGUGUCUGACGUGGCUUGGCAAGGCAAAUGCUCUGGUACAGUAUACAUUGGCGGAAAUGAAUCUGAGACGCACUUUUCAUUGAUAAAUGAGGCAUAUUCAAUGUUCUCCCAUACCAAUCCAUUGCAUAUGGAUGUAUUCCAAAGUGUUGUACACUUUGAAGGUGAAGUGGUUGCAAUGACAGCUGCACUACUUGGCAGCAAGGAGAAGACUUCUGGAGGACAGAUUUGUGGCAACAUGACAUCUGGAGGGACUGAAAGUAUAUUAUUAGCUGUAAAAUCCUCACGUGACUACAUGAAAACAAAGAAGGGAAUCACGAGACCUGAAAUGAUAAUACCUGAUUCUGCACACUCAGCAUACGACAAGGCUGCACAAUAUUUCAAUAUUAAGCUGUGGCGUGUCCCUGUCAAUAAAGAGUUUCAGGCAGAUGUCAAAGCGAUUAAACAAUAUAUUAACAAGAACACAGUUUUGAUAGUUGGAUCUGCACCUGGGUAUCCACAUGGCAUCAUUGAUCCCAUCGAAGAACUUGGUAAAUUGGCGUCAAGUUUUGGAAUCUGUUUCCAUGUUGAUCUGUGCCUUGGAGGCUUUGUAUUGCCUUUUGCUCGUAAGCUGGGGUACCCAAUUCCACAUUUUGAUUUUUCUGUUGAAGGAGUAACAUCGAUAUCUGUGGAUGUGCAUAAGUAUGGUUUGGCUCCCAAAGGAACAAGUGUUGUCCUAUACAGGAACCAUGAAAUUAGAAAGCACCAAUUUGUUGCUAUAACUGAAUGGUCUGGAGGGCUUUAUGUUUCUCCAACCAUUGCUGGAAGCAGGCCUGGGGGAUUGAUUGCAGGUGCUUGGGCAGCUAUGAUGUCUCUAGGGCAAGAAGGAUAUAUGAAGAGCACGAGAGAGAUCAUGGAAGUAUCAAAGAGAAUACAGAAAGGAAUAAAGGAGAUUCCUGAGCUAUUUAUUGUUGGAAAGCCAGAUAUGACUGUUGUAGCGUUUGGGUCAAAUUGUGUAAACAUAUUUGAGGUCAACGACAUAAUGUCCUCCAGAGGUUGGCACUUGAAUGCAUUGCAGAAGCCUAACAGCAUUCACAUCUGCGUGACCCUUCAACAUGUACCUGUUGUGGAAGACUUCCUCAGAGCUUUGCAAGAAUCCGUACAAACUGUAAAAGAAAAUCCUGGUCCAAUUAAGGGAGGGCUUGCUCCCAUCUAUGGUGCUGCAGGUAGCAUGCCUGAUAGAGGUAUGGUUGAAGAGUUAUUGUUGGAUUUCAUGGACAGCUCUUGUUAGCAUCAGCAACCUCUGUGGCUACACUUGGCUUUCCAAUUCCUCAUUUGUAACUGUUCAAAAUCUGUCAAUUUAAUAUUGUUGUCAGUGCCAUUUGAUAUAUUAUUUUUAGAAAUAGAUUACAAUGUUGUAAAGCUCAAUAUUUAUUGUUUAUAAUAAGAAUCAUUGGGUUUUAUGAGAGAAGCUCGGUUGAGUUCC